AGCGCUUCCUGAAACCGGCAUUUUGUUGGUUGACAUUCAAUAACACACCACCACCGCCAUCAUACAACGAGCGAGGAGUAGCCUUGAGUAUUUCCUCUUUCUCCCUGCGGCUGCGUGCGUGGGGCUGACUGAGCUGUUGCAUGCAUGGCGUUUCUUGCAGGUGCCGUCGACUGAUGCUGCUGCUUCUUAUUCAUUUCUUGGUUAAGGGAUAUCAAUCUCUUGCUUCGUCUACAAUCCCACACAUAAGGGCGUAGUACCUCCGUACUUUGCGGUCCUUGCCCGGCUGCAUUGCCGACCGUACCACAAAAGUCCGCAACACCCGGUGCACCGUGCAACAUGUCAAUACGCAUCAUCCUGGACAACCCGCCCGAGUUCUACACCAACCUGGAUGUCAUCUCGGGCCAGGUGCUCCUCACCCUCGACCGCCCCGAGCAUGUCGGUCUCAUCGUGGUCAAGCUCGAGGGCGAGUCGAGGACCGCCCUGGCCAUCGCCCCAGACAGGCCGGGCCUGGGCAUCGCCAGCGCCAGAGAUCGAACCUCCAGCGGAGACACCCUGCACGAGAAUCACAAGAUCCUGUACAAGGUCGGCCAGGUCUUCCCCGACGAGAAUGCCCCCGCCAUGGCAUCACCCUACAUUCUGAACCAGGGUCAGCACCGGUUCCCCUUCCAGUUCAAGUUCCCCUUCAACAACUCCUGCGGCAAUGCCGAAGCCAUGGCCAAGAUCGGCGGUCUUGUCACCCCUGGCGGUAUCUUUGGCCCGGGCUUCCGCGUCAUGGACGGGACCAAGCAGCUGAUGUACGCGCACGUCACUAAGACGCUGCCCCCAAGUUUUACCGGCUUUCCAGGGGAGGCCGAAAUCCGGUACUACCUCAAGGUCACCAUACAACGGCCUGGAAUCUUCAAGGAAAACUGGCGGUACCAGACGGGUCUCAAGUUUCUGCCCAUCGAACCCCCAAGACCGCCAAAGACGAACCAGGAGGCCUACGCCAGACGGCCCUUCGCCUUCCAACCAAGAAGCCCACGCCCAGGACCAUACUCGAAGAAGCGUUCCUCCUUCUUUGGUAGAUACUUAGUCCCGUCAACCCCCGGAGAUGCGAGUCCCAAUCCCCAACCUUCUGCCGACGGUUGGCCAAACGGACCGCCGUCACCGGCAGCUCCCGACAUACCUCCCUCUGUCGAGAUGUCAGCCCGCCUUCCUCACCCAGCCAUUCUCACCUGCAACAGACCAAUACCCCUGCGUCUGAUAGCCAAGAAGCUGGUCGCAGCACACGCACAUGUGUACCUAAUAGCUUUGCAAAUCGACCUCGUCGCCAAAACCACUGUGCGCUGCCAUAACCUGGUCAACACCGAGAUGAACCGCUGGGUCAUCAUGUCUCGUCAGGGCCUGUCGCUUCUUCUGUCCAGAUCCGAAGACCCUGUGGGAACCGAGUUCGUUGUGCCAGAUGACCUGUGGAGCCAGAUUCACCUGCCCAACACCGUCAUGCCGAGUUUCAUCACAUGUAAUCUCAGCCGCGACUACCAUCUCGAGAUCAAGCUCGGCUUAGCAUGGGGCAACCCCUCCGCCCGGGCCCAAGGCACCUCGCUUCUCGGCCAACGUAGCAAACACAACGAUCCCAUCGAACAUCCCCAAGAACUCCAUCUCCCCUUGCAUUUCAGCAAAAUCGAAGUAUAUUCAGGCCUGGCCCCUCCGCCCGCCCUCGUUGAAGCAAUGCGCCAAGGACGGGGACGCACCUCCCGCCCAGCAAAGCCAGCGCAACAACAACCACUCGCCUCCCCGUCACAACCCUCUCACCCAACACAAACACCAAACCUACCCCCUCGCCCGGCUCAACAACAAUCCCAGCAACAGCCGGCCGACGCUCUGUAUCCAUCCCAGCUCCAGCCGGGACAGGACCACCCGCCAUACGACGACGCUCCCCCGACAUACGAAGAAGCCAUGGCCGAGGAAAUGACUGGGCCUAUCAUUCCACCCACGACCAGGCCUGCCUACAGCGGCCUGACGAAUGAGAACGAGCCGAGUACCCUGCCUGAAAAGAACUAGUCUGCUUUCCAAAUAUACGGUACUGGAUUAGCGGCAGGGAAUUCCCUGAUAGCGUGUGGUCACAUGCUCCCAAUUUGGGAGUUUAGGAGUGUGAGCACUGAUAGACGAAAGGGGCGCCCUGGGCUGAACGUGGAGAGUAAUGGUUUGGAUAAGCUGUCCAACGAAAAUGCGAGACAGGGAUGGGAAUUAAACAUAGACUAAUUGCUGUGCGGUUUAUCCCGCCAGACAACGGCUUUGAUGGUACUUGUACAUAGCAUUCACAAACUAUAGCGAGUGCAUACUCGAGUACACACAGUCCCAGUCGUUGAGACUUGAUGAACCCGAUGCAGUAUGGAUUCACGCCAUCCAUAC